AUGUCCGAAAAUCUAGAGCUGUUUGGGACGUCGCAUUCGACUCUGACCACCGUCCACUUCUUCUCAGCUUCAAGUUACGGUUCCACAAGAGAAACCGAGGAGUUCCUCUCCAACCGAAAAUCGGCAGGUCUGAAAGACGAUGAAUGCAGAAGAAAAUUCUGCCAACGUGUGUCUAUUCAUGUUGGAGUACGGACCAGGAAGAAGCUUAGCGAUGAUGAUUCCUUCACAAAGUGCAUCCAGGACGCUGCAAGGGAAACGCUCCCGGUUCUAUUGCCGCGGAAGAAGUUUGCCUUUGCAUCUGCGAAAACAAAAUCCACAUACAAUUCUGUAUGUGUCGCGCGCAGCGCUGGUGACUUCAGCUAG